AUGAGCACAAUACCUCUUCAAUUUUCUCUGCAAGUUGAUGGUCCAGCACCAUCUUGCACUGAGGGUGAAUAUCUACCACGGUUCCUCCAUCCAACGCCACAUCACGGAGAACAACUGCAGGCUCGUGUAAAUCAAGAGCUUGAGAUCAGAGUGAAAGCUUCUGCAUCUUUUUCAAGAAUCAUUGAUGUCAUCAUUAGUGGACCUCUGAACAGCACAAAGUACGAAACCACCACUGGGGAAUACGUGAUUAACUGGACACCAACUGCAGAAAACUAUGGCCAACAUUUUCCAUUUUGCUUUAUCGCAGAAGGACAAUAUGGAUUUGAUAUUUACCACUCUGAGAUGAGGUGCGUUGUUGCAAAGGUGGAUUCUGAAGGACCUGAGGUAAAUGUAACCUGUACUCAAAACUCAAUGUCAGUGACAAUUGAGAGAUCCUCCAUCAAAAACCUCCAUGGUGACCACUUGAGACUGAUAAAUCCGUCUUGUCGGGUUUACACUAACAGUACCCACCUGUUCACCAACACACUUCUAAACGACUGUGGCACUCGGAUUGAGGAGAACAAUAAUGAACUCAUCUUCAAGAAUAAAAUCAUUACAUUCGAUGAUCCCAGGGACAUUAUAACCAGGAAAGAUUACCUAGAAAUUGAAAUCCUGUGCAAGUACCAGAAAAGGACCAACGUUACUGUGGAGUUUGAUACUCACAGACCACCAAUCAUCAUCUCGGAAAAAGGUUUUGGCACAUUCAACUAUCAGUUUGAGUUUUAUGCUUCUGCAAAUUUCCAGACCAGCAGGGGUCCAGAAUCUUACCCACUUGAGUACGAUGUGGGCGAUAAGAUCUUCAUGAAGAUCGAGCCUGUUACUCCAGUCCUAAACACUGAGAUCUUCCUCGAGUCGUGUGUGGCUACACCUUACGAUAAUCCCAAUUAUCCAGUCUCCUAUCCCAUCAUCAAGAAUGGAUGCAUUGUGGAUGAAACGGUUCGCUUUUUCUCAAGCCACCAAACAUAUGUUCAGUUUGAAAUGGAGGCCUUCAAAUUCAUUAGUUUUCAUGACCAGGUGUUCAUCAGCUGCUCAAUCAUCAUAUGCCAGGCCAACAAUCCCAACACCCGCUGCUCUCAGGGCUGCGUCAACGGCACAGUCGCUCCGCCGGCCCACCACCAUCACAAAAGAGAGGCUCCCAUCCAGACCGGCAGUCACUUCAUCUCCCAGGGGCCCCUGCGGCUGAAGAGGAGCGCAUCACAGGUCACCGUAAGCCCGGGUCUGAAUCUAAACCUUGUUGUCGUUGCUGUGUGUCUCAUGGCAGCAGUUGCGACGGUGUGUGGAGUGAUCGUCUACAGAGCCAGAGGGCAAAGGAUCAGAUAUAAACCCGUGCCAUCGCACGACUUUUAGUCAUGUCAGCUCUGUUUUUUUAUUUUAAAUGUUACCCUGUCAGAUUAAACACCUUGAACUGCCAUUCAUAUAGUAGGAAAUAUGCUA